AUGAAAACCUCUACCACCACCACCACCACCAUCACCACGACUGAUCAAAUGAAACAGUGCGUUGCUUCCACUCAGGGGAUUGCUUCCUCUACGUCUGCAUCAAAUGGUUCGGAACAACAGGGUGAGGCAACUACUAAUGCCCUUCUUGAUGACUGUGGUUCAGAUUUGAACAAGUCGUGUCCUUCAUCGGAUCAAAUCGCAAUCUUGAAAGGCAUCAACCAACAACAAGAUUAUCCUAUUACUCAUUCAAAAGUUUUUAUCGGAAGAGAUCCAGUAAAUUGUCAAGUAUGCUUGGGGAAUGAUUCCAGCGUUUCGUUUAUUCAUGCUCAACUGGAGUUUCUGGAAUUCAACCAUGAUGAAAAAAAACCGAAAAUAUGUUUGGUUAGAGAUCUUUCCUCAAAAAACGGAGUUUAUGUCAAUUCUGUUCGUUUAAAAAAGGGAUCAAGUUCAAUAGUAAAAUCAGGAGAUGAAUUACGCUUUGGACAUCAAGUAUUUAAAUUGGAAAUUGUUGAAAAGGAAGUGUCAGGUACUGUUCAAGACCAAGAUGUCAACAGUACAUCGACGAAAACAACGAAUUCCCCAUCAUUAUGCAAGGAAAAUACAAUGUUUGAAACAGAUUUUGAAGUCAGUGAUUGUGUUUCAUUCUCAACGAAGGAUGAUUUCCCUCUCACUCAUGAUGUUUACACACAUUCACUUAUUGAUGAGGAGAUUCGACAGCAUGGGAAAUUUAAAGAACAACUUUUCGAUCGUAUUAUUCAACUUUCGUACGAGCUUUCGAACAAGGUCAAGUUGUUGACUACCUGCAGUGACUCACCAUAUGAAAGAAACAAUACACCUUUCGCAGUAUUGAGCCCUCUGAAUGAUCUGCAAGAAUGCAUUGACAAUGCACUGUCAGAGACAGUUUUUGAGAGGAGGAAAGAUGUCGAAAGCAAAGAAUUGAAAAUAUAUGCCAACAAUUUAGAGAAAAAACUAAUUCAUUACAAAAAAGAGGCUACAAACAACGAGAAUAGAUUCAAGCAACAAAAGAAACUAAAUCAGCAAAUUCAAAAUGAAAUGGAGAGAGUUGUGCAAGAGCUCACGUCUUCCUUACAUUCAUGUCAAGAUGAACGUUACUCCCUCAAAAAACGCAUUUCCAAAGAUAAGGACAAGCAUGAAUGCAUGAAAAACGAGAUGGACAUUUUGAAAUACAAAUUAACAUGUGCGGAGCAAGAAUUGCAUCAACUUCGAAAAUCUAAUGCCAUGCUAAGAGACCAUCUUUUGAAAGGACAAGAGUACUCAGAUUGCCUGCAUCAGGAUAUGAUUCAAGAGUUAUCCAAUCAAGUUCAAAAGACCAUCAACCAAACAAGAGAUAUCCACAAAAGUAAUAGUCUUGAUGUUUUCAAAGGAACGCAAGAGGAGUGUGAAUACUCUGAGCUGUUGAAUCAUGGACCUCUCAACCAAACCAUUAAUGGCACUGGGAUUGUUGAACAGCAUUAUCACCACUGGAUGUGA